CCCAAGAGCGCUACCGGGUGAGGGUGGGGAAGCCCGGGGCCAAGCACACGGAGCAGGUUGUCGGGGACCGGGUCGAGUGGAAGUACCCGCUGGAGAAGAAGGCCGGCUGGCUGAGGUGCCCAGAGACUGUGGAGUCCGAGGAGGAGGAGGAGGAGGAAGAGGAGAAAGAGGAGGAGAAGGAGGCCUGCAGAAGGAAGAGCAGUCCCUUAGAAAUCCAGCAGCAGCAACUCCGGCUGCCCACAGUCAGAUUCAGCACCUGGUCCAGAUCUCCAUGCCCGUCUCAGCUGCACGUCUCCUGCUGCCUCUCGGGCACCAGUGUCAUUAACGAGCUGGCGAAGAUGGGCGACCCGAAUCUCCUCGAAGUGUUGACUGAGGAAGGGGAACACGCCAAUAAACAUAUAGACUACUCUUUCCAAAUGAGUGAGCAGAGCCUGAGCAGCAGAGAAACCAGCUUUCUCAUCAAUGAAGAAACAACGCCUGCAAAGCGAUUCAAUUUGUUCCUGAGGCGGCGGCUUAUGUUUCAAAAAAAUCAGCAAAGCAAAGAUUCUAUCUUCUUCCGAGACGGGAUUAGGCAAAUCGAUUUUGUGCUUUCCUAUGCUGAUGACAUAAAGAAAGACGCAGAGUUAAAGGCGGAAAGAAGAAAAGAGUUUGAAAAAAAUCUCAGAAAAACAGGUCUUGAGUUGGAAAUCGAAGACAAAAGGGACUCUGAAGAUGGAAGAACUUAUUUUGUCAAGAUCCAUGCCCCUUGGGAGGUAUUAGUUACCUAUGCUGAAGUCUUGGGAAUCAAAAUGCCUAUUAAGGAGAGUGAUAUUCCCCGACCUAAGCAAACUCCUAUGAGCUAUGUGCUUGGGCCUGUGAGCCUCCCAACGAGUGUGAAGUAUCCCCAUCCUGAAUACUUUACUGCCCAAUUCAGCAGACAUCGGCAGGAGCUCUUCCUCAUCGAAGAUCAGGCAACCUUCUUUCCAUCCUCAUCAAGAAACAGAAUUGUGUACUAUAUUCUCUCAAGAUGUCCUUUCGGCAUAGAAGAUGGGAAGAAAAGGUUUGGGAUUGAAAGGCUGCUAAACUCUAACACUUAUUCAUCUGCCUAUCCACUCCACGAUGGUCAAUAUUGGAAGCCAUCAGAACCUCCCAAUCCCACCAAUGAAAGAUACAUACUUCACCAGAAUUGGGCUCGAUUUUCCUAUUUCUACAAGGAGCAGCCAUUAGACUUGAUUAAGAAUUAUUAUGGAGAAAAAAUUGGUAUCUAUUUUGUCUUUCUUGGAUUUUACACAGAAAUGCUAUCCUUUGCAGCUGUAGUUGGCUUAGCUUGUUUUAUUUAUGGUUUAUUAUCAAUGGAAGAUAACACAAGCAGCACUGAAAUCUGUGACCCUGAGAUUGGUGGUCAGAUGAUCAUGUGCCCACUCUGCGAUCAAGUGUGUGAUUAUUGGAGACUAAAUAGUACAUGUUUGGCUUCAAAGUUCUCCCAUUUGUUUGAUAAUGAGUCAACAGUGUUCUUUGCAAUAUUCAUGGGAAUUUGGGUCACCUUAUUUUUGGAGUUUUGGAAACAACGACAAGCCAGACUGGAAUAUGAGUGGGACCUGGUGGACUUUGAAGAGGAACAGCAGCAGCUUCAGCUGAGACCGGAAUUUGAAGCUAUGUGUAAACACAGGAAAUUGAAUCCAGUGACCAAGGAGAUGGAACCUUACAUGCCUCUAUAUGCACGUAUUCCAUGGUACUUUCUUUCAGGAGCCACAGUGACAUUAUGGAUGUCUCUUGUCGUCACCAGUAUGGUAGCUGUAAUUGUGUAUCGCCUGUCAGUCUUUGCUACACUUGCUAGUUUCAUGGAAAGUGAUGCAUCCUUAAAGCAGGUCAAAAGCUUCCUUACUCCUCAGAUAACCACAUCACUCACAGGAUCAUGCUUGAACUUUAUUGUCAUCUUGAUCUUGAAUUUCUUUUAUGAAAAGAUAUCUGCGUGGAUCACAAAAAUGGAAAUUCCUCGAACAUACCAGGAGUAUGAGAGCAGUCUUACCUUGAAAAUGUUCCUGUUUCAGUUUGUAAAUUUUUACUCAUCCUGCUUCUACGUAGCUUUCUUUAAAGGGAAGUUCGUAGGCUAUCCCGGAAAAUACACAUAUUUAUUUGAUGAGUGGAGAAGUGAAGAGUGUGAUCCUGGAGGCUGUCUUAUAGAAUUGACAACGCAACUGACCAUUAUAAUGACCGGAAAACAGAUUUUUGGAAACAUUAAAGAAGCCAUUUAUCCCUUGGCUUUGAAUUGGUGGAGACGCCGAAAAGCUCGGACAAACUCUGAGAAGCUGUAUAGUCGAUGGGAGCAGGAUCAUGACCUUGAAAGUUUUGGACCCCUUGGGCUUUUCUAUGAGUACUUAGAAACAG